CCCAAAUUUGAUUUUGCGUCUUGCGGAUCAAGUCCCCUUUUAUUUCAUUUCUGAAUAAAAUAUUUUUGUAAGCUUUUCCAGUAAAGAAGAGUCACUAGACGAGUGGAGGCCAAGAAAUAUCCUCUUCGCUGACCAAUUUUUCAAUUAUUAUCCCAUUACUUGAUGUGAUGAGCGUCAUCUAUGACAUCAUGUUGGUGAAGUCUUAUCCGUCUUAUAUAAUCUCACGAUCACAUACACACACAAAGUCACACAAUCCAAGAAACUACAAACUUGAGUAUUCCACAUUGAGUUGGGACCGGUAUGGCUUCGGAAAAACCCCACCAAUUUCAUCCUUCUCUUCACUUUGUUCUCUUCCCUUUCAUGGCUCCCGGCCACAUGAUUCCUAUGAUUGAUAUUGCAAGGCUCUUGGCUCAGCGCGGUGUGACCAUAACAAUUGUCACGACGCCUCACAACGCCGCAAGGUUUAAGAAUGUCCUAAGCCGUGCCAUCGAGUGUGGCUUGCCCAUCAACAUAGUGCAUGUGAAAUUUCCAUCUCAAGAAGCUGGUUUGCCUGAAGGAAAAGAGAAUAUAGAUUCGCUUGACUCGAUGGGGUUGAUGAUGGCACCUUUCAUUACAGCGGCUAAUAUGCUCGAAGAGCCGGUCAUGAAGCUCAUGGAAGAGAUGAAACCUAGACCAAGCUGUAUAAUUUCUGAUUGGUGUUUGCCUUAUACGAGUAAAAUUGCCAAUAAGUUCAAUAUACCAAAACUAGUUUUCCACGGCAUGGGUAGCUUUUGUCUUUUGUGUAUGCAUGUUCUACGCCAAAACCUCGAGAUCUUGCAGAAUGUGAAGUCGGAAAAAGAGUAUUUCUUGGUUCCUAGUUUUCCUGAUAGAGUUGAAUUUACAACGCCUCAACUUCCUGUGAAAGCAAAUGCAAGUGGGGAUUGGAAAGUGUUCAUGGACGAAAUGGUAAAAGUAGAAUACACAUCAUAUGGUGUGGUAAUCAACACAUUUGAAGAGUUGGAGCCUGCUUAUGUUAGAGACUACAAAGAGGCAAGGGCCGGAAAAGUAUGGUCUAUUGGACCCGUUUCUUUGUGCAACAAGGUAGGAGCAGACAAAGCAGAAAGAGGAAACAAGGCUGCCAUUGAUCAAGAUGAGUGUAUUAAGUGGCUUGAUUAUAAAGAAGAAGGCUCGGUACUCUAUGUUUGCCUUGGAAGUAUCUGCAAUCUUCCUCUGGUUCAGCUCAAGGAGCUGGGCCUAGGCCUUGAAGAAUCUCGAAGACCUUUUAUUUGGGUCAUAAGAAGUUGGGAGAAGAAUAACGAGUUAGCUGAGUGGAUUUCACAGAGCGGGUUCGAAAAAAGAAUCAAAGAGAGAGGACUUCUCAUCAAAGGGUGGUCGCCUCAAGUCCUUAUCCUAUCACAUCGCUCUGUUGGAGGGUUCUUAACGCACUGCGGAUGGAACUCAACUCUUGAGGGAAUAACCGUUGGUUUACCGCUCCUUACAUGGCCGCUAUUUGCUGACCAAUUCUGCAACGAGAAAUUGGUCGUGCAAAUACUAAAAGCCGGUGUAAGAGCCGGGGUUGAGAUGCCUAUGAAACCGGGAGAAGAGGAGAAAAUAGGAAUGUUGGUGGAUAAAGAAGGAGUGAAAAAGGCGGUGGAAGAAUUAAUGGGUGAGAGUGAUGAAGCAAAAGAUAGAAGAAGAAUAGCCAAAGAGCUUGGAGAAUUGGCUCACAAGGCUGCGGAAGAAGGAGGCUCUUCUCAUUCUAACAUCACAUUCUUGCUACAAGACAUAAUGCAACUAGCACAAUCAAAGAAUUGAGCAUACGACACUUUUUUUUGUUUAUCCCCUAUAUAGUAAAAGAAAACCAUUCUGCAUGUAUCGUCGCUGCGUACCAAAUUUAUUAUUCACCUUUAAUAUUCGAUAAAAUUACAUAAAA